AUGAUCUUGGCACAGGAGAUCGAAAAGCUCCACGAGGCUCAUGAAGUGAUAAUGACUCGAGUCAAAAACCGAAUUGCAGAGUUAUCUCAACAAGCAACCGAUACCUGCCUGGCAGAUCUGGAAGAUGCUCAAAAGGGUCCUUUUGCUGAAGCCGAAAAGGAAAUUGAGGCAUUGAAAGCAUCGAUAGCUAGCGCAAAACAGCUCGAGCAAAGAGUGAUGCAAUUGGAAGGGUUAUAUCAAAUAACACAGGAACUCAGGCGCUCAGUGGCCAAGAUCGAGGCGCAGUCUCGGGCGAAGGGACUUGUGUAG